AUCCAAGAUGGCGGACUAAGCGGCGUGGCUUUCCGGAGAAGUUUCACAUUUACGAUCUUAUAGAUUCAAAAAUAGCAUCUAAUACCUCAACUAUUCACCUUUUCUUAAGCCCACCAAACGGACUUUGAGUGUGGAGCGACGGCGUGUUAUCUGAAGUGAAGAUUGAAGACGUGAUAGAAGAUGGACGACUACUGCUAUGCUAAGAUGGCGACGUCCGCUAAAAGAGAACAUGAAAGAGAAUCAGCGCCACCAACGGAGAACAAUCUGAAAAGCGAAGAUGAAGACGUCCAGCAGCUGAUCGGUAAUCCAGAAGAAGUUUCCCCUCAGUUAGGGGGGAGCUCCACUUUGAAGCAGGAGACUCCACAACCACCCUGCAUUAAAAAGGAAGAGGAGGAACUCUGCAUCACUCAGGAGGGGGAGUGUCUUCUAGGACGAGAGGAAGCUGAUUACACCAAGUUUCCACUGAGUAUUCUCUCUGUGAAGACUGAAGAUGAUGAAGAGAAACCACAAGUAGACAACCUCUUAGCUCCACUAUCAGAUAGUGAGGCUGAAGACGAGGUUGAAGAACCUUUGAGCAGCGAUACAGACUGUGAAGGUGAUAUGAGGACUCACACUGACAACAAACAUUUUGAAUGCUCUACAAAGAAGAGAGGUAAAAUAUGUUUGAGCUGCUCAGUUUGUGCUAAAAGUUUUACUAAAAAGAGCCAUUUUACUCAACACAUGAGAACACACACAGGUGAAAAACCAUUUAAUUGUUCAGUUUGUGGCAAAAGCUUUUCUCAAAAUGUCAAUUUGACUCGACACAUGAGAACACACACUGGUGAGAAACCAUAUAAGUGUUCAGUUUGUGGCAAAAGCUUUUCUGUUAAGAGCCAUUUGACUCAUCACAUGAGAACACACACAGGUGAAAAACCAUUUAAUUGUUCCGUUUGUGGCAAAAGCUUUUCUGAAAGUGGCAAUUUGACUCAGCACAUGAGAACACACACAGUUGAGAAACCAUGUAAGUGUACAGUUUGUGGCAAAAGGUUUUCUGGUAAGACCAAUUUGACUAAACACAUGACAACACACACAGGUGAAAAACCAUAUAAGUGUUCAGUUUGUGGCAAAAGCUUUUCUAAAAACAGCCAAUUGACUCGACACAUGAGAACACACACUGGAGAAAAAUUAUUUAGUUGUUCAGUGUGCUGUAAAAGGUUCCCACGUAAUGCAGACGCAGUAAAACACAUAAGAACACACAAGGGAAAAAUAACCAAUUAGCUGUUUAGUUUGUGGUAUGUUGCUCAUAUGUGGCGACAUCCACCCUACCCAGGACCUCCUCACUGCUUCUUUCACAAAUAUCUGAGGUAUUCAUACAAACUUUGAUUAUUUGGAGCAUAAUCUUAUCUACUCAUGACCCCAUGUCUUCUCUGUAUCUGAAACCACUUGAAGCGAGAUGAGUUUGCAAAGUGUAAAAUUCAGCUGCAUUUUUAAUGAAAGAAACUGCUGUUCUAAAUGUGUCCACUGGAUGUUGCAAUAGCAAUUGUGUUAGGCAAGCAAAUAGUUUAUAACAGGGCGAGCAAGUAUACCAAGCAAGAGGUACACGGUAAAGCGGGAAUGUGACUCCUCCCCCUCCACCCAACGUAAAACAGGAGUAAAAUAAGCAAUCAGUAACCCCACUUAAAAUGCAGCAUGAGACACUGCACACUGAUAUAGUUCUGUGAAAAUGAUUGUCUUCUGUGCAAAUGUAAAGAAAGUGAACAGUGUGUGAUUUACUGCAAUACUGUCAGUCUUUUAACUUUUUAUUUGUGCUUUGUUGAAAUUGUUCACACAUUGCACAGCUUUUAUUUUUCUAUCAAUACACAUUAUGUCUAGAAGACAGGAAGUAACUCAACACUCUUGAAUAGUUUCUACCUCAGUUUGUAUGGUUUGUUGAGUUAGCACAGGAUUAAUAUGUGGAAAUGACAAAUGAGGUAGUUGAUACAUAGAAUAGUUUUUAUUCAUGCAUUAUUUUGUUUUUUGUUCAAUCCUAGAUGGGUUGGGACUUAAAGUUUAAUAGAAACACUGAGAUUAAAGGCCUACUGAAACCCACUACUACCGACCACGCAGUCUGAUAGUUUAUAUAUCAAUGAUGAAAUCUUAACAUUAUAACACAUGCCAAUACGGCCGGGUUAACUUAUAAAGUGACAUUUUAAAUUUGCCGCUAAACUUCCGGUUCGAAACGCCUCUGAGGAUGCCGUAUGCGCGUGACGUAGACCGGCGAACACGGGCAUGCCUUCCACAUUGAAGCCAAUACGAAAAAGCUCUGUUUUCAUUUCAUAAUUCCACAGUAUUCUGGACAUCUUUGUUCGUGAAUCUGUUUCAAUCAUGUUCAUUGCAUUAUGGAGAAGGAAGCCGAGCAAGCAAAGAAGAAAGUUGUCGGUGCGAAAUGGACGUAUUUUUCGAACGUAGUCAGCCACAACAGUACACAGCCGGCGCUUCUUUGUUUACAUUCCCGAAAGAUGCAGUCAAGAUGGAAGAACUCGGAUAACAGAGACUCUAACCAGGAGGACUUUUGACUUGGAUACACAGACGCCUGUAGAGAACUGGGACAACACAGACUCUUACCA